AUGUGGGGGCUCAUCGUGUCCCUCAGCGUGCUCUGCCUUGUCGUUGUGAUCUUCAAGACCUCAUCUAAACGCCCUCCUUUGCCGCCAGGUCCCAAAGCCAAGUUCUGGACCGGGAAUGCCCACCAACUCCCCACCACCGAACCAUGGCUGACCUACGCUGUAUUGUCCCAGAUGCACGGACCUGUUGUCUAUUUCCGUGUGCACGGACGCCGAAUGCACGUUUUGAAUACUCUGAAGGUCGCCUUGGAUCUUCUGGAAUCUCGGGUAAGCUUGUACUCGGACAGACCCAUGGCAUGGAUGUACAAGGAACUAGUCGGCCGAGAGCUCGCUGUCUUCAACAUAUCAGUCAAGCACCCCCGUUUCAAGAUAUACAGAAAGCUCCUACAGAGCGGGUUGAACCAAAGAGCGACUCGGACAUACAGAGCAAUCCAAGAGGAAGAGACGAGGACUCUGUUCCUGGAGCUAGCAAGAAGUCCUGAACAAUUUGUGUCCCAUAUCCGGCGGAAUGCAGGCGCAGUGAUAUUGAAGGUCGCUUACGGCUGGACAGUUGCAGAAAAUGAUGAUGAUUUCGUCUUGCUUAUGGAAGAGUCGAUCAAGGUUCAUGCUGAGAUCGUCAAGCCUGGCAGAUGGCUGGUCGAUACGUAUCCCAUCCUUCGGUUCGUUCCGAAGUGGUUCCCGUUUGCCAACUUUCAUCGUCAAGCAGAGAUAUAUCGCAAGGAGUUUUCACGCAUCGACGCCGUCCCGCAUGCAUGGGCCAAGGAGCAAAUUGAGUCCGGACAUUAUUUGGACUCGUUCGUGUCUCUGAACCUCCGCCCCGACGAUGGUCACAUCCCGGACCCUGAAGAAGAAAAUAUGUUCAAAUGGUGCAGCAGUGCUUUGUAUGCCGGAGGCGCCGACACGGUUGUUGGCGUGGUAACCACUUUCUUCCUUCUGUCCCUCCAUCGUCAAGUCCAAAGGCGGGCACAAGCAGAGAUAGAUCGUGUCGUGGGAAACAUGCUUCCGAGUAUCGACGACGAACCUCAUUUGCCAUACGUCUCUGCUCUGCUCAAGGAGGUUUUGAGAUGGGCUCCAGUACCCCCGUUAGGUUUACCGCACAGAGUGGUUGAAGAUGAUAGCUACAAUGGCUACUGGAUCCCGAAAGGGACUACAGUCUACGCGAACAUCUGGUCAAGCUCUCAUAGCGGUCUCUGCCUCCUCAGGGUGCCGAACCGCAGUGAGAUCCACGCAAAUACAUUUUCGGAUUUGGCCGCCGAGUCUGCCCAGGUGCUCACUUCGCUGAAAUGUCCACUUUCCUGGUCAUUUCGAACAUUCUUGCCACAUUCAACAUCUCGAAAGCUCUUGACGGCACCGGUCGGGAGGUUGAGCCUCAAGUCGCCUUCAAUACUGCCGUCACAAGGGUCACUCGAUUCGGAGAAUGGAGCCGAUACGCUGGCAUAA